UUACACGGACGAUGAGAUGGACACAGCUGUUUCCAUAAACAGAAUUAACUUAUAUAAUUACGCGUAGUUCAUCUUAAUCUUCACCAAUGGCCACGAGAGCUUCGAGGAACAGUUAAGUUGAUGAGUAUAUUGACAUCUUCACCUUUCACAUUUUGUUUUCCUAUCCCUACCUAUGGGCACUCGAGCGAGAAGGAACCGAAUGUCCCCUACCUUCUGACCAACUGACUAGCACUCUAAGUGGUUAUCUGAUUAUCAUUCAAGAAUAGUCAUUUUCUUUCUAGUAUUUCAUUAUUCAGCGACAGAAUGACAACUGCACACUUCGAUACCUGUCUAGUACAAAGGCUCCGACACCUGCGAUAUCGAGGUGAGCUUUGUGACACUCGUGUUACUGUGAAGGAUGAAGAGUUCCUCUGCCAUCGCUUGGUUCUUGUUUCGGCAUCUGACUACUUCAAGGCCAACCUCUUCUCCGCUGACGACAUCAGCUGGGACAUGACAGUCGACGAUGAAGAUGUCUCUCCAAAAUCCUUUCGCCUUCUGCUGGAAAUUCUUUAUGGAGCCAGCAACCUCAUUAACCACGAAACAGUGAUAGAUAUCAUCACAUGUUCUGUCCACUUUGGCAUUGAUUUCAUCACUAAGCACAUCGAAAGGUAUUUCGGGGAAUUCUUUACAUCUGAUAACUGCGUAGACGCUUGGCUGGUAGCACAAAAAUGUAAACUCACAGACCUGGCUUACAAAUCUUAUACAAUGGCUGCUGAAAAUUUCGACACAAUUCCAGAGAACAAGUUGUUUUCACUACAUGGAUCCAUGCUCCUUAUUCUCUUGUCCUUGCAAAAUAAACUCAGCAUGGACGACAUCUGCAAAACGAUCUUGCGCUGGGUGGAGACGGAUCAGGGUGCAAGAGCUGGAUUCCUAUGUCAUUUCCUGCCCUUCAUCUCUUUUCCGCAGCUUAGUCGAGAAUAUUUAGCUGAUCUGAUGGAAUACCGCCAUCAUCCAUUCUGUGAAUUUAUCUUUGAUCAUUUGCAGGAUGGCAUUUAUUUUGCUUUGAAAAACGCCGACGAAAAAUGCCUUCAUUCACGAAGACGAAUUCUAACCCAACAGUCCGUUCCGCUGGACAACACUGACAUCACAUCCGUAUGUUUGGUUGUCAAAGCAACUGACUUUCCGCUUGCACACGGCCCUACACUAGAGGCCUGGCGUGAUCCUGAAGACCGUUAUAACUUGGCUCCAGUACCUCAGAACACUGGUUGGCACUAUGCAACCUGUACCUGGAGAAACGAACUUUACCUUAGUGGAGGAAACUUGCUGCCCACCUUCUUUGCCGUCUACAGGCCAUGCGACAAUCAAUGGUCUGUCCUUCCAGCUUUUGAUGAUGAUGAUUUUUUUGGUCGAGAAAAACAUUCUUUGGCCGCCGUCAACGACAACAUCUAUAUUCUUGGAGGUCUGAUGCGAACAUGUGAAGACGAUAAAGUAACAUCACCUGAUGUCUGGAAGUAUAACAUAAAAUCCAAGACCUGGAGCCUCUUCUGCAGUCUGCCAGAGGCUGUUCAGGAAACAUCAGCUGCAGUUCUUGGCCACAGGAUUUACCUGUUCGGUGGGCGUAAUGCAAGUGAAGUUGACUCAGAUGUUGUGCAGUGUGUCGACACUGUGAAUAAUGUUGCCUAUAUAGCUGGCACACUUCCUUCUCCUACAUCCAUGACACGAGCAGUCAGCAAUAAUGGACUCAUCUGGGUGGUACUAAAAACUGGCCAGAUUCUGCGAAUGUGGGAAGACUUUAAUCUGGCUGAUGAAAUAGAGCAGCAUCUGACAACAACAAAGAGCAGAAAUACCAAUGACAAACCCUUCAAAAAGCCUCGGACACACGACAGCACCGUUUCAUUUAAAGAAGUAGCAAGAAUCGGUGUUCGUGAUCACUUUGGUGCUUGUAUAGGUAAAGGUGAGAUCACGGUGGCCAGCAGGGAACCUGGUGACCUCGUCUGGGACAUGAACUACAUUAACCUUUCAUCUGGCAACGUACAAAAACUUCCCACUACCUACAUCUACGACGUACAAUGCUUCCAUCUUCAUAAAAUAAACAUCCCCUAUUUGCAUCUUAAGAAAAGGACAUUGAGCGUGGAAGUUUCAAGUGUUUCUAGUCGGUCUUCGGACACAAACUUCGUCGCUUCGGACUUUGUCGCUUCGGUCCUGCAGACCUCUCCACUUUGGCCAUCACAUGCCCGGAGUAGUGAACCCGAACAGAGAGGAGAAAGAACAAGUGGAAACCCAGAUCAAGGAGACACAACAGGCCUUCCCAAAACUUUUCACAACUCCCUGCCAAUUCAGAAAAACUGUUUGAUUCCGGAGAAUCGAAGUGUUUCUAGUCAGUCUUCGGACACGGAAUCCGUGGCCUCCGUUACGCCGGUCUCUCCUAUCCCAUCAUACCUAACCCGGAAUAGUGAGCCUGUCCAGAGAGGAGAAAGACCGAUUAGAAGCCAAGAUCAUAAAAACAUCCGCCCAAAUAAAUUCUACACAAUCAUGCCUACACAGCUGACAAACACGAUGCAGAGUCCAAGAUGUUUGGUGUCACCAAUGCCAAAUUCUCAACGCCCCAACCUUCAAGCCGAUCAGGAGACAACAAGCGAAGGACCGAGUGGUAGUCAUGAACAGAGGGCAGCACUGGGCAGUGAGACUUCAUUACAGAAUCUAGAACUUCCUUCACCUGCAUACAUGUGUCUCGAUCCCACUCUGAAGAGGAAAGCUGCUCUGAAGGCGAAGCAAAGCAGGUUGCCUGCGCCGACACUUUCUCAGGUCUUCCGGGGAUAGAUGAUGACUUCCAACAAUACCUUAAUGAUCUUUUUGGUCGCAUAACCGAUUCUUCCAAAGGAAAGAGGUAAAGAGGAUGAAUUGUGUGGGUUCAUCAUCAUCACCAUCCUGUCACUGUUAUCUGCCCUGCUCUAUAAUCACCUGCAAGAUAACAUUGUUAAGUGUUGUUGGGUAAAUUUUUAAAUGUUGUACACCAUAAAAUGUUCAGUAGGAGAAUUUAUAUCAGAGUAUUAUGUUGACAGCUACUACUUGUUAUAAUCAUUGUGUUUAAUAAGAUGUUCUUAUGAUGUUGUAUAAUGUUUUCUUUUUACAUCUGGUUUCAUAAUUGUUUUACAUUAUUUUUUUGUAGUCAGACCCUGUUUUUUUGUCUAUUCUUCUGUACCUGGGUCAUUAAAGUACUUAUAUAUAUAUAUGUUACAAACAUAUCAAGAGGCAUAAGCUAAAAGAAAAAAAUUGUCAUUCUUUAUGUAAUGCAUUGCUGAAGUAAUAUUAGUGCCAUUGCCAUCUUUUUUGAAUAAUGAUGUCAUAUUUUUGUUGUAUAACACUAUGUUUUGCUAUAAUUAUUCAAGCUUUAGAAAUUGUAUAAACUGCACCUUUAUUAUAUUGUCAACAUUCCUCUAAGUGAGUGCACGCAUCAAAUUAAACAUCCUACUGAUUUAA